AUGUCAGAAGUAGAGGCUAAAGAGGUCAGGGAGGACGCGAAAGUGGAGGUUAAAGUCUCUGAAGGCACAGAGGCCAAGUUGGCCGCGGAUUUAGACGCCAAAACCAGAAAGAUUGUAAUUGAUACUGGCGCAUAUUGUCGUUCUCUUUAUAUUGACAAGUCUGGAGACGCUAUUUACAUCACCAAAGGGGUUUUGGCGGAAAUUGAAAAGUACAGGACCAAGAAUCCGCUGGAAAGUUUAACCAGGGUUCUCUUUUCUCCAACUGUAAGGGAGCCUACAGAAGAAGACGUUGUGUUUGUGAAGAAUUUCGCGUCACUCACUGGCGAUUUGCCCUUUUUGUCAACGACUGACAUUGAGUGCAUCGCCCUCACUCGUCGUCUACAGAUUGAAACCGGCGACACUUCAUGCCUAAGGACAGAGCCAUUGCCGCUCGCUCUCGAUGGGAGGAAUGGUAGCUCUAAUGGCUCUGCUGGAAAGGGUACUGGUGGAGCCAAAGGCAGGAAUGGAUACGGAAAGAAGGGAGGUAAACCGAAAGAAGAAAAGGCUCAGCUUGGUUUUGACUGUUGGAUUGGGCCAGACAACGCCCACAGUUACAACAUGGAGACCGCUCCAUUGAAUGACAGACAGGUGGCAUGUAUGACCACCGAUUUCGCUAUGCAGAAUGUGCUCAUGCACAUGGGUUUGAAUGUAGUUACACUUGAUGGAUUUAUCGCAAAAACCAUACGAACUUGGGGACAAAUUUGCAGGGCAUGUUACGAGGUUUAUCAGAAUACUGCGAGAAAGUUUUGUUCAAAGUGCGGGAAUGCGACAGUUGAUCGUGUUUCCCUCAAGGUUGAUGGCGACAGCGGCAAGGUUGUUGCCAAGGACACUAGAAAGUGGAUCAACACCAGAGGCACGAUCUACACUCAACCAAAGCCAUCAACUGGUAGAAACAAGGUUUGUUGUUGUAAGAAUGUAAUAACGUGCGCACAGCAACCGUAUAUUGUGUCUGAGGACCAACUGUUGAUGCCCGGCUACAAGAAUUACAUUCGGGAGAUGAAUCGCAAGAAUAGAGAGAAUAGUUUGCUACACUUUUACCCGGAUGAUACCAAGAUGGUGGAUUCUUCCUUGUUUGGCGGCAAACUCGUUUCUUCCUUGGCCAAUAUACAAAUUGGUCUCGGUAAGGGCAACCCAAAUUCGAAUAGAUGGAUAAAGAAGAAUAAACGCAGUCUUAAAUCUUUGUAG